GAAACAAUAUGGCGGACACCGGUGAUGGGUGAAUUUUCAAAUUCUGUGCAAUGAAAUUGCAGUAUUCAAUAGUUUGAAACGUAUUUUGUUCUAUUUGGACCAUAUUUUGUAUGAUAAUGCCUUUCUUCAUUCUCGUGCUGAGUAUUGUAGUUGUCAACAGACUUAAUCAUUAAGAAAAUGGACCGAAAGAGUAAAAAAUAUUUGGACCUCUCAUUUGGGGCAAAACAACAGUCAAAUCAAAGUGCUUUGAGGAAUGGUGUGAGGCCUCAUGGUGGUGUCAAAGGUCAGCCUGCUCAUCCUCUGAACCUGUAUUCCUUCUCCAAAGAAGAGAGCUAUCAACAAGAAAUGAGGGAAAGCAUUGACCAACUCUUUGAAGAGGAAUACUUAGCACAAUGUGGGUCACCAAAGUAUGCAGUACGCAUGAGCAAUGAAGAAGUAGUCCACUCUGGGGAGUCAGCCCUAUUUUCUAACAAGCUUCUGGCUCCAAGUCGGCUGGAACAAAGAGGCACAUCCAUGACCCUUCAUUCCCCAAAGCGACCUAAGCACAAAUAUGACCCUCCUGUUAAGAGUAGAACACAACAACAGCGUUUCUAUAGGCCCAACAGUACACAUCAGUUUCUCACUAAGACUGAACUCAAGAACUCCACUGCUGGUGAGGUGGAUGUUAAACUAGGAAAACCAACCAGAACAACAUUACUGAGAGCCAGGCAGAGGAGGAACUCUGCCCCAGGGACAACACACAAUGAGAGAAGGAAAAUGAGAGAACAAAUUGAACAGCAGUUUCAAAGGCCAGAGUCCGCAAGGAGCACUUCCAGCAGUUUGAACAGCCAUGUGCCAGUAGAGAAGGGAGAAUCUGUUCAUGCCUUCCUGACAGGGGCCCGUUACAACAGAGCUCAAUACCUUGACUCUAGAAGUCUCUUUGAGUAUGGAAUAUACCUGUCGAGGACCAACCCUGGAGAAGUCUACAUCAGCGCUGUGCCCCCUAAAGGUCAAGGUCACCAUGAUGAUGAUCAGACACCUAGGGCUCCACCUGAUUCCCCAAAUUCAAGUUGUAGCUCUAGUGAAGAUGAGUAUUCACGGCCAAUCAGACAGUCCCAAUCACUUAACUCCGGUCCUGGAUCAUUCCCAAGACGAACACCAAGACCAAACACAGCAAAGGGGACAACCAGGACACGUCAUGCCUGGGGGGAGGAGGACGAAUGUGUGGCUUGUAAAUCAGGGUCAGAUAAUCUCCAGGACCCCCGGUUAUUGAACCACAUAAUGAGCAGUCCUGAUAUGUUGAAUAUUCAAGGUUACAGCAUUAACAACCCCCACAGAGAAAGAGCCCAGAGUGCACGUCCAUUGUUUAGUAGUGGUCAGAAACUUUCUAUACAAAUCUCAAAUAUAUCUCAACACAACGUUAUGCCUCAGAGACCUAAAACUGCUGGCCAACGUCCAACAGGUGCAGGAUUAUCCCAAGUCUCCAUAUCAGGCCAGAAGAUGACGCCAUAUAAAGAGGUUCAGCCAAUCAUAAAGCAGCAUCUGGCUACAAUGGUUAAUCCACCCAACACGCCAAAAAGUGCAAGGAAAUUGUCAAAUAUGCAAACAUUACCAGAUCAUAUGACAGUAGAAAAAGUGCAGAAAUUGCAGAAAACUGUUACUAUUAAUGAAGAUCCUGAUAUACGGAUUUUGGACAAUGAGGGUGUAUCUGUCCCAGAAUCCCCUUGUACAGAUAAAGAUAUCAAUGAAAAUAUUAUCAAAUUAAAAUCUAACCAAAUUGAUGGAAAGGAAAAACACUUAGUAAAAUCUGAAGAAGAACCUGUUGAAAAAGAUACUGAAGCCAGUAAAGAAGAAGUGAAUGCUAAUAACACUGCGAAUAGUAAAGAAGAUGAUAAAACUGAUGCCAAAGUAAAUGCAGAGGAGAUAAAUGGAAACAUGGACAAUGUGCAAGAUAAUGACAAUGUGAAUGAUAUCACAGAGAUAAGUGAGAAUAAAAACUCUGAGAAUGACACCAACGAAAAUGAAAAUGAUGAAAUGGCUAAAGAGAUUGUUAAACCAGCUGAGACUACAGAAAAGGAACCCCUCAGUAUUAUAAAAGAUAUCAUGAACAGUGAACAAGAUAAGACAGAUGAUGACAACAUUGACAAUGACUUGAAGGACAUCCAAGAAGCUAUGAAAAACAUGGAAACAAACGUUACAUAUAAAUAUUUAGAAGAUGACGUUAUUGAUGAAUUACACAAAGAUCCAGACAGCAAUAAUACUAAUGGAAAUGCAAAUGAAAAGUCACAAAAUGAUUCUGCAACAUUCUUCAUGACUGAAGAUAAGGAUGAUCAAAAAGAUGAUGUUACUCCAAGCAAGGCUGAAGAUAAAGAUGAGGCUGAAAUCAAAAAUGAGUCUCAAGGUCUCAGAGUUGCUGAAACAAUAAUAAGCGUAGAAAUCCGGAGCAACCCUGGCUCUUAGUAUUAUAUACAAAGAUGUGUCCAUAAUAAGUCAUGCCCUCGGGUAAAUUGUCAGGGUGUUUUUCUAUAAAUAACACACUGUGCAGACCUGAUGCAAUUUAGCAAUAUUCAGAGUAGAACAUUUUAUGUAUAUGUGUGCCCUCAAUGAGCUUUAGUUACUUGAUUGUGCCUGGUCUGUGCAGCGUGAAAAAUAGUCUUGUUGAAUACACAUAGACACACUACUGCAUGGAAUCAAUGGAAUCAACCAAGAUUUGUGUUGACAUUUCUCCAUGAGGGUUUGACUCACUCCUUUGCUGUUAUCAUUGAAUUAUCUGUGAUAAGGGAACACCUCAAAAGCUACACAUUAAAAUCUACACUUAAUCCAACUGCUGAACUAUCUACCUAUCCUUGUUAAAGUAACAUACUUUAUUGAACUGUGAAUCCCU